AUGGCGACGCCUGUGCGGCUCUUCCGUGCUGUCGGCGCUGUGGCGCUCGGCGUCCUUUUUGCUCAUCGUAGCCUUGUCGGCGCGGCGGAUUCGCCGCAGACCGUCCCGGACCCGAAGCAGGAAGUCGGCCCGGUGCACGCAGAAUCUGGUCCCCAAAGUGAUGCCACGGAUUCGUCCUCUGCCGACCGUCUUAGUGAUGAGACACCAACAUCCAUGGAUGAAGCUCUGGCGGCCAUAAGCGCCGACUCAGCGUUGUCACUGGACGGGGAGGGAGUCCCCGGCGUGGAAGAGGCACAUGCCAAGAGCACGCCUGGCGGCACAAUCAAAGAGUUCCUCGAUGCCGCACAGGCCGCCCUUGUGGUCAUGGCAGCAACAGCGGGCAACCCCGACAGCACUUCGAGCGUCCUGUCGCCAUCUGCUGGCGCCGAACACCUCUCCGAUAGUGUGCUCGAGAACAUGCACAGAACAUUCGGCUUCGAAGUGUAG